CAUACUCUGUCACACUAGCUAGUCGCUCUCCAAGUUCCAAUUCCACCGCUUGGAAUUCAGGUUGAUUGAUCGCUUCUUCGAGCGGCGGAGCAAUGGUUGGGGAACGCUCCGAUAAAGUCAUCGUGGCGGUGAAGGCGGAGAAGGUGAUCUCCAACGCCGCAUUGGCAUGGGCUCUCACUCACGUCGUUCAGCCCGGCGACUGCGUCACCUUGCUCGCCGUCAUCCCUCCCCUCAAAACCGGUAGUAGAUUCUGGAAGUUUCCGAGAUUCACCGGAGACUGCGGGAGUCGGCACAGGGAAGAUUUGCCGGAUCGGAUUUGUCAGAUCUCCGAGUCUUGUUCUCAGAUGGUGCUUCAGUUUCACAACCAAAUCCAGGUAACAGUGAGGAUUAAGGUAGUUUUAAGUACACCUGGUGGUAUUGUGGCAGCCGAAGCAACAUGCAAUGGAGCCAACUGGGUCGUACUGGACAAAAAAUUGAAACAAGAGAGGAAGCACUGCGUGGAGGAACUUGGAUGCAACAUUGUUGUGAUGAAGGGGUCUCAGCCUAAAGUACUGAAGCUGAAUCUGGGAUGCUCAGAUGAACUCCAAACCCAAUUCUUUUCUGCUACUUCUUCACCAGGAACUCGCCUUCAAAGAUUGGAAGAACAUAGGAUGAAUACCACUCCAGUGAGUAGUCCUGAAGAACCUAGUAGCUCCUGCACAAGGACCACAGGAGAAGUUUCAUCAUCAAGUUACGACACUGUGACUUCUCUUUUCCUUGUUUAUGAGCAGAAUCCUUUAUUUGAAGGACAUCAAGCGAGAAAUCACAGACCACAUGAUUUGGAAGACCCAUAUGAAGAACUUGACUCAAUUGGAGAAAGGCUUAUAACUCUGUCUAAGCCCCAAACAUCAACUCUAGCUCAUAAUCAGAGUGUCUUUUGGAUCCCCCAAAACCACAGUAGUGAUAGAAAGCACCCGAAACCCAACACUUAUAAAAAAGCAUACAAAGUAAGAUCUCCCACUUUCCAAACUCUAUUUGACGAGUAUGCACAGUCUGAUCGAGAUACAAGGAAUGGCAGAGUUGAAACCAGGGAAAACCAUAACAAAGGCUACAUUACUAAUGCAAACAUCAGGGAUGCUGUUUCCUUGGGUAGAACUUCCUCAAUACCUCCUCCUUUAUGCUCUCUAUGCCAACAUAAAACACCAGUUUUUGGAAAACCUCCAAAACAGUUCUCUUACCAAGAAUUAGAGGAAGCUACAGACGCAUUCUCAGAUGUUAACUUCUUGGCAGAAGGUGGUUUCGGUGUGGUUCACAGGGGGGUGUUGAGAGAUGGCCAAGUUGUUGCUGUGAAGCAGUUGAAGUGUGGUGGUUCUCAAGCAGAUGCUGAUUUCUGCAGGGAAGUGCGAGUAUUGAGCUGUGCACAACAUAGGAAUGUUGUGUUGCUCAUUGGAUAUUGUAUUGAAGGAAAGUCAAGGUUACUGGUUUAUGAGUACAUCUGCAACAGCUCGUUGGAUUUCCAUUUACAUGGCGUGGCAGGAAACAGAACUCCACUGGAUUAUGAAUCAAGGCUAAAGAUAGCUACUGGAACUGCCCGUGGAUUAAGAUAUCUUCAUGAAGAUUGUAGAGUGGGUUGUAUAGUGCACAGAGACCUAAGACCGAACAAUAUCCUUCUGACUCACGAUUUUGAACCUCUGGUUGCGGACUUUGGGCUUGCUAGAUGGCACUCUGAAUGGGAGACCAACGUUGAGGACCGGUGUAUUGGAACUUCAGGGUAUCUUGCACCAGAGUAUAUAGACAGCGGUCAAAUUACACAUAAGGUAGAUGUGUACGCAUUUGGAGUUGUUCUGUUGGAGCUUAUGACAGGUCGGAGAAUUGGAGAAUUGCAUUAUGUCAGGGGACAUCAAUUUUUGGAAGAAUGGUUGCACCGGUUAGCUACAUCAGAGCCGAACCAUAUCUCACCAAUUUCCUAUCACUUACUGGAUCCAAACAUGGCCUCCGAAUCUCCCGACUUCCCCUAUCAACUACAGGCAAUGGCUCGUGCUGCUUCCAUGUGUCUUCGAAGAGAUCCUGACUUCAGACCCUCAAUGUCUAAGUUGAUCAGAGUACUAGAAGGAGGUGAUCCAGUUGUUCCUAUUGGCCUGGACUUGAACACAGUUGGCAGUAGAAGUGGCCAUUUGCCUGGAGUAAGCUCACAAAACCAGCCUAAACCCAGAGGAAAUCAUUCUCGUAAACUAUCACAUUGAAUAUCUAUCUUUUGAGCAGAAACAACUUGCAUCAUAUCUGGCAUCUC